AAGAGUUCAUCAGGAAACACCAUCCUGGGCAGAGAGGAGUUUGAUCUGAGGACAGCCACUCAGUGUGUGAAGAGACAGGGAGAAGUAGCAGGGAGGCAGGUCACUGUGGUUGACACUCCAGGAUGGUUGAAGAAUCUCCUUGUAGUUAACACUACUGAGCUCGUUAAACAGGAGACAGUACACAGUGUGUCUCUGUGUCCUCCAGGACCCCACACUCUCCUCCUGGUCAUCAAUCUGGGUGUGUCAUUCCAAGAGGAACACAGAAGAUCAGUAGAGGGACACCUGCAGCUUUUCAGUAAGAUAGUCUGGAGUCACACUAUAGUGCUGUUCACUGGUGGGGACUGUCUGGGAGACACAACCAUUGAGCAGCACAUUGAAAGAGAAGGGAAGGCCCUCCAGUGGCUUGUUGAGAAAUGUGGGAACAGGUAUCAUGUCCUCAACAAUAAGAACAGGGGUGAUGACACUCAGGUCACUGAGCUGCUGGGCCAGAUGGAGGAGAUGGUGGCAGGAAACAGAGGAGGCCACUAUGAGAUGGACAGAGAGAUCCUGAAGAAGAUAGAGCAGAGAAGGAGGGCAGAGGAAGAGAGAGCACAACAGAGGCUGAUGAAGGUGCAGAAACGGAGAGAGAUUCUCAGAUCACUAAUGGGUGAUUCCCCCCAUCUCUCAGAGCUGAGGAUUGUGCUGCUGGGGGGGAAACGUGAAGGGAAGAGUUCAUCAGGAAACACCAUCCUGGGCAGAGAGGAGUUUGACCUGAGGACAGCUGCUCAGUGUGUGAAGAGACAGGGAGAAGUAGCAGGGAGGCAGGUCACUGUGGUCGAGACUCUAGGAUGGUGGAAGAAUUUCCCUUUAGAGCAGACUGCUGAGCUGGUUAAACAGGAUAUAGUACACAGUGUGUCUCUGUGUCCUCCAGGACCCCACACUGUCCUCCUGGUCAUACGACUGGGUGUCUCAUUCACAGAGGAAGAGAGAAGAUCAGUAGAGGGACACAUGCAGCUUCUCAGAGAGAGAGUCUGGAGUCACACUAUAGUGCUGUUCACUCGUGGGGACCGUCUGGGAGACACAACCAUUGAGCAGCACAUUGAGAGAGAAGGGAAGGCCCUCCAGUGGCUUGUUGAGAAAUGUAGGAACAGGUAUCAUGUCCUCAACAAUGAGAACAGGGGUGAUGACACUCAGGUCACUGAGCUGCUGGACAAGAUUGAGGAGAUGGUGGCAGGAAACAGAGGAGGCCACUAUGAGAUGGACAGAGAGAUCCUGGAGAAGAUACAGGAGAGAAGGAGGGUAGAGGAAGAGAGAGCACAACAGAGGCUGAUGAAGGUGCAGGAACAAAGAGAGACUCUCAGAUCACUAAAGGGUGACUCCCUCCAUCUCUCAGAGCUGAGGGUUGUGCUGCUGGGGGGAAGACGUGCUGGGAAGAGUUCAUCAGGAAACACCAUCCUGGGCAGAGAGGAGUUUGACAGGACAGCUGCUCAGUGUGUGAAGAGACAAGAAGAAAUAGCAGGGAGGCAGGUCAUUGUGGUCGACACUCCAGGAUGGUGGAGUAAUCUCCCUGUAGAGGACACUACUGAGCUGGUUAAACAGGAGAUAGUACACAGUGUGUCUCUGUGUCCUCCAGGACCCCACACUCUCCUCCUGGUCAUAACGCUGGAUGUCCCGUUCACAGGGGUAGAGAGAAGAUCAGUCGAGGGACACAUGCAGCUUUUCAGUGAGAGAGUCUGGAGUCACACUAUAGUGCUGUUCACUGGUGGGGACUGUCUGGGAGACGCAACCAUUGAGCAGCACAUUGAGAGAGAAGGGAAGGCCAUCCAGUGGCUUGUUGAGAAAUGUGGGAACAGGUAUCAUGUCCUCAACAAUAAGAACAGGGGUGAUGACACUCAGGUCACUGAGCUGCUGGACAAGGUGGAGGAGAUGGUGGCAAGAAACAGAGGAGGCCACUAUGAGAUGGACAGAGAGAUCCUGGAGAAGAUAGAGGAGAGAAGGAGGGCAGAGGAAGAGAGAGCACAACAGAGGCUGAUGAAGGUGCAAAAACAACGAGAGACUCUCAGGUCACUAAUGGGUGACUCCCUCCAUCUCUCAGAGCUGAGGAUUGUGCUGCUGGGGGUGAGAGUUGCAGGGAAGAGUUUGUCAGGAAACACCAUCCUGGGCAGAGAGGAGUUUGACCUGAGGACAGCUGCUCAGUGUGUAAAGAGACAGGGAGAAGUAGCAGGGAGGCAGGUAACUGUGGUCGACACUCCAGGAUGGCGGAGGGAUUUCCCUGUAGAGGACACUACUGAUCUGGUUAAACAGGAGAUAGUACACAGUGUGUCUCUGUGUCCUCCAGGACCCCACACUCUCCUCCUGGUCAUACGGCAGGAUGUCUCAUUCACAGAGAAACACAGAAGAUCAGUCGAGGGACACAUGCAGCUUCUCAGUGAUAGAGUCUGGAGUCACACUAUAGUGCUGUUCACUCGUGGGGACCGUCUGGGAGACACAACCAUUGAGCAGCACAUUGAAAGAGAAGGGAAGGCCCUCCAGUGGCUUGUUGAGAAAUGUAGGAACAGGUAUCAUGUCCUAAACAAUAAGAACAGGGCUGAUGACACUCAGAUCACUGAACUGCUGGACAAGGUGGAGGAGAUGGUGGCAGGAAACAGAGGAGGCCUCUAUGAGAUGGACAAAGAGGUCCUGGAGAAGAUGGAGGAGAGGAGGAGGGCAAAGGAAGAGAGAGCACAACAGCGGCUGAUGAAGGUGCAGAAACAGAGAGAGACUCUCAGAUCACUAAUGGGUGACUCCUUCCAUCUCUCAGAGCUGAGGAUUGUGCUGCUGGGGGGGAGAGGUGAAGGGAAGAGUUCAUCAGAAAACACCAUCCUGGGCAGAGAGGAGUUUGACUUAAGGACAGCUGCUCAGUGUGUGAAGAGACAGGGAGAAGUAGCAGGGAGGCAGGUCACUGUGGUCGACACUCCAGGAUGGUGGAGGAAUCUGCCUGUAGAGAGGACUACUGAGCUGGUUAAACAGGAAAUAGUACGCAGUGUGUCUCUGUGUCCUCCAGGACCCCACACUCUCCUUCUUGUCAUAUGGCUGGAUGUCUCAUUCACAGAGGAAGAGAGAAGAUCAGUAGAGGAACACCUGCAGCUUCUCAGUAAGAGAGUCUGGAGUCACACUAUAGUGCUGUUCACCUAUGGUGACUGUCUGGGAGACACAACCAUUGAGCAGCACAUUGAGAGAGAAGGGAAGGCCCUCCAGUGGCUUGUUGAGAAAUGUGGGAACAGGUAUCAUGUCCUCAACAAUAAGAACAGGGCUGAUGACACUCAGGUCACUGAGCUGCUGGACAAGGUGGAAGAGAUGGUGGCAGGAAACAGAGGAGGCCACUAUGAGAUGGACAGAGAGAUCCUGGACAAGAUACAGGAGAGAAGGAGGGCAGAGGAAGAGAGAGCACAACAGAGGCUGAUGAAGGUGCAGAAACAGAGAGAGACUCUCAGAUCACUAAUGGGUGACUCCCCCCAUCUCUCAGAGCUAAGGAUUGUGCUGCUGGGGGGGAAACGUGAAGGGAAGAGUUCAUCAGGAAAUACCAUCCUGGGCAGAGAGGAGUUUGACCCGAGGGCAGAUGCUCAGUGUGUGAAGAGACAGGGAGAAGUAGCAGGGAGGCAGGUCACUGUGGUUGACACUCCAGGAUGGUGGAGGAAUCUCCGUGUAGAGAACACUACUGAGCAGGUUAUACAGGAGAUAGUACACAGUGUGUUUCUGUGUCCUCCAGGACCCCACACUCUCCUUCUUGUCAUACGGCUGGGUGUCUCAUUCACAGAGAAAGAGAGAAGAUCAGUAGAGGGACAUCUGAAGCUUCUCAGUGAGAGAGUCUGGAGUCACACUAUAGUGCUGUUCACUCGUGGGGACUGUCUGGGAGACACAACCAUUGAGCAGCACAUUGAGACAGAAGGGAAGGCCCUCCAGUGGCUUGUUGAGAAAUGUGGGAACAGGUAUCAUGUCCUCAACAAUAAGAACAGGGGUGAUGACACUCAGGUCACUGAGCUGCUGGACAAGAUGGAGGAGAUAGUGGCAGGAAACAGAGGAGGCCACUAUGAGAUGGACAGAAAGAUCCUGGACAAGAUAGAGGAGAGAAGGAGGGCAGAGGAAGAGAGAGCACAACAAAGGCUGAUGAAGGUGCAGAAACAGAGAGAGACUCUCAGAUCACUAAUGGGUGACUCCUUCCAUCUCUCAGAGCUGAGGAUUGUGCUGCUGGGGGAGAGAUAUGAAGGGAAGAGUUCAUCAGGAAACACCAUCCUGGGCAGAGAGGACUUUGACCUGAGGACAGCUGCUCAGUGUGUGAAGAGACAGGGAGAAGUAGCAGGGAGGCAGGUCAUUGUGGUCGACACUCUGGGAUGGUGUAAGAAUGUCCGUGUAGAGGAGACUACUGAGUUGGUUAAACAGGAGAUAGUACGCAGUGUGUCUCUGUGUCCUCCAGGACCCCACACUCUCCUCCUGGUCAUACGGCUGGAUGUCUUAUUCAAAGAGGAAUGCAGAAGAUCAGUAGAGGGACACCUGCAUCUUCUCAGUGAGAGAGUCUGGAGUCACACUAUAGUGCUGUUCACCUGUCGGGACCGUCUGGGAGACACAACCAUUGAGCAGCACAUUGAGAGAGAAGGGAAGGCCCUCCAGUGGCUUGUUGAGAAAUGCGGGAACAGGUAUCAUGUCCUCAACAAUAAUAACAGGGGUGAUGACACUCAGGUCACUGAGCUGCUGGACAAGGUGGAGGAGAUGGUGGCAGGAAACAGUGGAGGCCACUAUGAGAUAGACAGAGAGAUCAUGAAGAAGAUAGUGGAGAGAAGGAGGGCAGAGGAAGAGAGAGCACAACAGAGGCUGAUGAAGGUGCAGGAACAAAGAGAGACUCUCAGAUCACUAAUGGGUGACUCCCUCCAUCUCUCAGAGCUGAGGAUUGUGCUGCUGGGGGGGAGAGUUUCAGGGAAAAGUUCAUCAGGAAACACCAUCCUGGGCAGAGAGGAGUUUGACCUGAGGACAGCUGCUCAGUGUGUGAAGAGACAGGGAGAAGUAGCUGGGAGGCAGGUCACUGUGGUCGACUCUCUAGGAUGGUGGAGGAAUCUUCCAGUAGAGAGGACUACUGAGCUGGUUAAACAGGAGAUAGUACACAGUGUGUCUCUGUGUCCUCCAGGACCCCACACUAUCCUCCUGGUCAUACCGCUGGAUGUCUCAUUCACAAAGGAGCACAGAAGAUCAGUAGAGGGACACCUGCAGCUUCUCAGAGAGAGAGUCUGGAGUCACACUAUAGUGCUGUUCACUCAUGGGGACCGUCUGGGAGACACAACCAUUGAGCAGCACAUUGAGACAGAAGGGAAGGCCCUCCAGUGGCUUGUUGAGAAAUGUGGGAACAGGUAUCAUGUCCUCAACAAAAUGAACAGGGGUGAUGACACUCAGGUCACUGAGCUGCUGGACAAGAUGGAGGAGAUAGUGGCAGGAAACAGAGGAGGCCACUAUGAGAUGGACAGAGAGAUCCUGGAGAAGAUACAAAUAUGGAGAACCACAAAAGAAACACGUGUGAAACAGAGGGAGGCUAAGGUGAAGAAGCGGAGAGAGAUCCUCAGAUCAUUCAGUGACUCCCUCCAUCUCUCAGAGCUGAGGAUUGUGCUGCUGGGGGGGAAACGUGCAGGGAAGAGUUCAUCAGGAAACACCAUCCUGGGCAGAGAGGAGUUUGACCUGAGGACAGCUGCUCAGUGUGUGAAGAGACAGGGAGAAGUAGCAGGGAGGCAGGUCACUGUGGUUGACACUCCAGGAUGGAGGAGUAAUCUCCCUGUAGAGGAGACUACUGAGCAGGUUAUACAGGAGAUAGUACGCAGUGUGUCUCUGUGUCCUCCAGGACCCCACACUCUCCUCCUGGUCAUACGGCUGGAUGUCUCAUUCACAGAGGAAGAAGCCAAUUCUGUAGAGGGACACCUGCAGCUUCUCAGUGAGAGUGUCUGGAGUCACACUAUAGUGCUGUUCACCUGUGGGGACCGUCUGGGAGACACAACCAUUGAGCAGCACAUUGAAAGAGAAGGGAAGGCCCUCCAGUGGCUUGUUGAGAAAUGUGGGAACAGGUAUCAUGUUUUCAACAAUAAUAACAGGGGUGAUGACACUCAGGUCACUGAGCUGUUGGACAAGGUGAAGGAGAUGGUGGCAGGAAACAGUGGAGAUGUGUUUCAGCCUGAGAUGGAUGGAAGUCAAGAAAUGAACUGGAGUCUUGAAGAGGAUCAGACAUCACCACUGCCUGUGAAAACAGCUAGGAGCAUAGACCUCAUCCCACCAAGCAUGAGUGGAGACAGCAGAGCUCAGACAGACAGUGAUUCUGAUUGUAUGUCUGAGGCUGGACCUCAGGCUGGAUCUGAGGCUGGAUCUGAGGCUGGAUCUGAGGCUGGACCUGAGGCUGGAUCGCUGCAGAGACAAGAGAAGUGGGAAGAUGGUAGAUCUGAUGUCAUGUCUCUGGGGAGCUCUGGCUACGGCUCCCAGAUGUCCAGUACUUCUCAUCACAGCUCAGGGAUUAAACCACACAGAUCUCCACACACCAGAUUAAACCCUGAACUUGCACACAGCAGGGAACCACAAGGACCGAGCCUAACUGUUCCAUAUGUUGUGAUGCCUGAAUACACCUCACCACCUUCAGAGAUGUCAUACAGGCUCCAGUGCCCCCAUGCAGGUGUGUUCCAGUGCAGGUUGACAGGUCUGGUCUUUCAGAUGGAGGGAGAGGGGGAGGUGCUGUACAGAACUGUCCAAUGGGACGAAGGUCUGCUGCUCUCCAAAGGCCAGACCCCUGCAGGACCCAUGUUCAACAUCAGCUGUCCUCAGGGCUCUGUCUGUCAGCUGCACCUCCCACACUGUGAGAUUCUCUCUGGAGAGGGUCUUGACUCCUUGUCUGUGGCUCAUGUCAGUGCUGGUACUAUGGAGAUUUUGCCUCCCCUGAGGGUGACUGACACACAUGUGGUGGUGAACAUCACAGACCUGUCCCUGUGGGGUUUGGUGAGACGGUUCAUACCCUUCCUCACCAUCAGGGGGCAGGUGCUGCCCUUCCUGCAACCACAAUACUCUCUCCUGAACCUGGUUGUUUUACCACACAACGUUUCACUCCUGGAGGUGGAGAGGAUGCAGAGAUUGAGCUCCUACAUACCUGUGUGUUCAGACUGUAAACUCUCUCGUUGGGAAUUCUACAGUCUGCGCGGUGAUGUGGAGGGAGAUGAGAUCCAACCUAAGCAUGUUCAGGUCCACUGGAACUACGGUCCAAACUACCACCCCACCUUCCAGGUGUUUCUGAGCGCCGACACAGAAAAGGUGGGGUUGAGGCUUCUGGAGAGAGGGGAAGAAGGAAAGGAGGUUUGGGCGGCACGUGUUCCACUACCAGGUUCCUCAUCGAUGGGAGGUAUGCAGACUGAGCAUGCUCAGAAGGGCUCUGCAGAGGAGCAGCUGCGCUCUGCAAGACUGAAGUUUGUGGAGCGAGUGUCCAGGCCUGUCCUGGAUGAUCUGCUGGAUGGCCUUCUUCAGGAGAAAGUCAUCAACGAUGCUGAGAUGGAGGCAGUGAAGGUGGAGGCAGUGAGGAAGGACAGAGCACGGGUCACUGUUGACAUGGUCCUGAGGAAAGGAUCUCUCUCAUGUUUUGUGAUGAAAACUAUGUUGGGUAGAUAUGACCCUGCUUUAUACAAAACUCUUGGCUUCAAAUAAAACAUGCAGAGAACAGUGUCAGACCUAAGAUGAGUAUGACACUAGUGUUUCAGCCUAGUUGUUAAAUACAGUUUGUACAAAUAUAUUAAUUUACUAUUUAAAUACAGAUCAAUGAAAUAUGAAUUUGCAGUAUACUAACAAAUUAUGUUAAAACUAUAUUGUUGGCAUAAAACAUAAUAAAACAACGUAAAAUAUUACUCUUUUUACAACUGUUUCCCGCUGGAUACAGCCAUAUAUUGGGAUACGCCCUUUAUAACAAUCAAUAUUUUGAAUGAAAACCUCCAAUAAAUGUAACGUUUUUUUAAA